UGCGCCCUGAUCGUCGCCGCUCCUGCGGUCGCUGCGGUGGCCGUCGUGGGGAGGGCGAGGGCGAAGCCGCUCCUUGCUGUCGACCUCUGGGCGCCGUGUUGGGGUGGGGUGCACCCGGCGUGGCUUCUGGCGUACCGCGGAACUCGUGUUCUUGGCCAUGGCGUGGCUGCUUUUCCGGAUGGUUCGAUUCGACGGGCUCUCCUCGUUCUAUUUCAACGCCCAAUGGCAACCAUCAUAUCUGCUCAUGGCUGCAGGCUUUUUUCAAAAAGACGUGUUAAACAAGAUGAGGACUACAACAGAUUCCCAAAAGGAGGUGUUGAACAAAACAAUUCUGUGACUCUACCUAUCAGAACCAACAACAACAUGAACAGCAAGAAACUAAUGGCAACUUGUCUAUCAGGUGGCCUUACCCUUUUCUGGAUCUUGUUACUCCUUCCUAGGGCGCGCCUCUGGUACUUUGGCAUGGCACUGAUACAUGUCCCAUUAUACGGAUUAUAUUGGUUGAUAGUAAGAGCAAAGAACACGAUUUGGCCAAAAUUCUUUCCAGCUGCUUACUCAAGGACACACUAGUAAGUUGCAGAAUAACUACUAGCUUCCAUUGCUAAAAAAGUUUGGAUCCAUUGUAAUACAUACGAAUCACAGGCAUGCAAAACUAUGCAUAAUGAAAGCUAACAAGACCAUAUUCUUUGUCGAUUAUGUAACUUGACUAAAAUUUAGGUAGACACAAAAUGAUCUGAGAA